AUGUCGCAUCACUGUGAAGACGAACAUUUUGAUCAUGGUCAUGGCCAUGGUCAUGACCACACCGCACCAAUUCCAACGAAUCCAAACCAGUCAUUAUUCACAAAGAUAGACACCUCCAAAGUGAGAUGUUUAAAUGCCGUGGCUCGAGGCGUGCCUGCACAUACAGAAUUGUUCAGAGUGUUUCUAAAGGAUCAGGAUGAAAAGUUCAACUGUUCCCGGUAUUUGGAAAGUGAUGCAGACUGUCAGUUAGUCGUCCACAUACCCUUUGUUGGGAAUUGUAAACUGUUUUCCGUAAUUUUAAGAACAAGCGAUUCUGACGAUGGCUUAAGUUCACCUAAAACUAUCAAACUUUUCAAGAAUUACAAUAGAAGUAUUGAUUUUGACACUCUGGGAUCUUCCAAGGCGGAUUUGGCCAUUCAACAUCCCAAUAACGUUGGUGUUACAGAUUCGGGCGUAAAUGAAGAUGAAAAUACCUUUGUGGAACACUAUCUGCCACGUAGACUCUUCCAGAACUGUUCUUCCUUGACCUUAUUCUUGGAAGAUAAUUGGACAGGUGAUGAAGACGAUCUUUGUCGGUUGUACUAUUUGGAGAUUCGUGGUGAAUUUACAGGUAAAAUUGCACCACAUGGAGGUGCUCCUAUGACCACAGUGUACGAGUCCGCACCUAAUCCAGUAGAUCACCAGAAAUUAGAAUCAGAAAUGGAUGAAGUAGAGAUGGGCUUGUAG